AUGGAUUCUCUUUUACAGAAAUUUAAUGAGACUAGACCAGAUGAUCCUGCUGCAGUGGCCAGAAAGACUGUGAAGGAAAACAUCAAUUCAAAUAAUCGUUUCAAAUUACCAUAUGAUGCCAGGGAUUAUACCCCUCAAUUCUAUCACAUGUAUCAAAAUCGUUUGAAUAUUUUAAGGGAAAGAGUCCAAAUCGAAUGUGAAAAGAAAUGGGACAAUGGAUUUCAAUUAAACGGGAAGACUGUGGUGAAAAAGGAGAGAGUAUUAGAUAUUCAAGGUGAAGAACCAUGUUGGUGUGUCGGUACAAUCUACUGUGAAAUGAAAUAUAAACCUAACAUCUUACAAGAUGUUAUUAGCGAUACAUUUGGUGCACCUGACUUGGUGAAGAGUUAUACCGACCCAGAUGGAUCAGAUGAAAUAAUGUUAGAAGAUGAAAGUGGUAGAGUUCUCCUGGUUGGUGAUUUUAUUGGAACUACUCCUUUAAUUUCAGGUACGGUCGUUGGAUUGUUAGGUAUGGAGGCGGAAGCAGGAACGUUCCAGGUAUUAGAUAUUUGUUAUCCAACGGCAAUUCCACAAAAAUCAUUACCUGCUCAAACUGCACAAUACGAUGAAUAUAUUGCCUUCGUAUCAGGUUUCAAUAUUAAUGCUACAAAUCCUACACGUAAUUUGAAGUUGAAAUUGUUACAAGAAUAUUUGAUGGGUGAUCUAUCUUCUGAUGAUAGAAUUUCAAAAAUUGGUAAAUUAAUAAUAUGCGGUAACUUGGUGGAAUUUAAUGCACAUGAGAAGAACAUCGGAGAAGUAUUGAAAAGUUUAGAGGAUAUGGGUGAUUUUCUAGCAAAUACAUUACAAACUAUAUCUGUCGAUAUAAUGCCUGGUGCUACUGAUCCUAGUGAUAAGACAUUACCACAACAGCCUUUGAAUAAGGCAUUGUUUAAAGAGUCAUUGAGACCUUACUUCGAUCAUGUUAAUGAUGAAAUUUUAAACCUCGUUACUAAUCCAUACAACUUCCAAAUUAAUGAUGUUGAGAUCUUAACGACAUCAGGCCAAAAUAUAGAUGACAUUAUUAAAUACAUUGUGCCGUAUCAAGAAAAGAGCUCUCAGGAGACAGAAGACAAAGAGGUCAGUAUGGAUUCUCAAGAAUACCCAGAGGAUUCUAUUGAACAUAGAUUAGAUUUGAUGGAAUGUACCAUGAAAUGGCAAAAUAUUAUACCAACUGCGCCAGAUACAUUAGGUUGUUAUCCAUACACGAAGGAGGAUCCUUUUAUCUUGGAGGAAUGGCCACAUUUGUACGUUGUUUCUAAUCAACCAAGUUAUGCACGUAGAGAUAUAGAGUUAGAUGAUGGUAAGACAACAGUGAAGAUGUUUACUGUUCCUGAAUUUUCUCAAACAGGUCAAAUUGUUUUAUUAAAUUUAAAAGAUUUAAGCACAGAUGUCGUGAAUAUACAAUUAUGA